AUGAACCUUCGGUCGCUUGCGUCGCUUCCUCACACUUCAUAUGCGCAAAAAUGUGGACUCCAAUUGUUUGCUGUGGUCUCUUCUGAUCUUCCUGAACUCAAUAAGGAGCGUUUCAUGGUCGCGAGCCCCGGUGGUUUGGCCUUUGCCUAUCGACAAGACUGGGGCGAUAAUCUGCGAGAUUUUUCCCCCGAGGAUAGAGCCUUCAUUCGGCACCACCAGGACCUUAGAAUGCCUCGCACUUUCCCAAGCUGUACCUAG